AUGACAUCGUCCAACGCUCACUUCGCCGCCCUUGACGUCGCGCGGGCGUACGCUCUCAACAUCACGACCGACUCAGUCGACGACUGCCGGGCACUUCAACGCGCGUCGUUCGAGCCGAGUACAACAACACCCCGAUGCCUCUGUGUCAACACGACCCUCGUGUGCCCCACGACACCGACGACCCCAACAUCCCCGACGAUUGCCUUGCCGACAAGCGGAAGCGCAUCGUCGCUGCCGUCGGCCGCCGUCGCCUCGGCCCUCUCGACAAGCGCCAUCGUUGGUGUCGUCCUCGGAGCUCUCGUGUGUCUUUGUCUUCUCGUGAGUCUCGCCCUGUACUACCGGCGGCAGCACAGGACGCUCAAAGCUCACGCGUGCUCGUCGAACCCGUCAUCGCCCAUCGAGGCGUACCUCGAGGUGCGAUCGCCGCACCAGCGCGUCGUCUCGCUCGUCGCAUCGCUUCCCGACCCGUGCCAAGUCUUUCGCGACGCGUUCCCGGACUUUACGCUGCCGCUCGAAAAGGAAAAGACGUCCAAAUUGGCCACGAGUCGGUCCAUGCGGCUCUGCUACAGCGACGGCGCCAAGCUCGCGCUCUUCCCAAUCAAGGUCACGGCGUCCGAGAAAGCUGCCUUUAUCCAGCGCGUGCACAUGCUGCGAGAUCUUCCGCCCCACCGCCACCUCGUGGCGCUUCUCGGAGUGUCGGUCAUCAACUACCGCACCGAGUUUGCUGUCGCCGUCCCGUUUGCCGAGCGCGGCAGUUUAGCGCAUGCUCUGCACCAUGGGCCGCCUGUGCCAGCGCCGCUCGAAAUGGCCCAUGGCAUUGCAUCCGGUCUGGCCGCGCUGCACGCGCAGAGCGUGUGCUUUGACGGGCUCACGCCCCACCGCGUGCUCGUCGACAAAGCGUUCACGUGCCUCCUGGACACGCUGCACCUGCUCCGCACGCACCACCACAAUGCUAUUGUCUCGUUCGGAUCCGACCACAUGGCCUACAUGGCCCCCGAGGUGCUGCGUGGCGAGCCAGCGACGGUAUCUGCCGACGUCUAUGCACUUGGCAUGCUCCUCGGCGAGAUUUGGACGCGGACGCGGCCGUACGCUGCGCUCCUGGCCGCGCACGGGUAUGUGCACUGCGAUAUGGUGCUGCUCGCCGCAGCGCGCGACUGUGUGCGCGUGUCUCCGUUCGACAUGGUCUCGCACGCCGGCGUUGCCGCGGUCAUUGCCAUGUGCACGGUCGACGACGUCACCGCGCGGCCGACCGCCGAAGGCGUCGCCGACGUGCUUCUCGACCUCGCCCGUGCGUCCGAGGCGUCAUCGUCGCGGCUCUCGUCGCCGCAUCCACUGUAG